UUAUUUUCAGAUUUCAAGGCUUGGCAUUACAGUUGACGAUAUUAUCUUUCUUUGUUUGCAUGGGAUGGGGUCGAGUUUAUGAAAGAUGCGAGUUAGGACGUGAAUUAUACGAAAGAUUUAAGUUUCCAAAGCAAGAUCUCUCUAGAUGGCUCUGUAUCGCUUAUUGGGAAAGUAAUUAUGAUACUUCUGCUAUCUAUCAGAGUUAUGAUAAUGCCGUAGGCCAUGGUCUAUUUCAGGUUUCUGAUAAAUAUUGGUGUCAACCUUCUAAUGGAAGAUAUAGUACCAAUGGCUGCAAUAUGACUUGUGAUGGUAUAUGGAAAUAA